AUGAGUAAUACAACCGCUUUGUUUGCUUGUUCUCAGUGUUUUACCAGGCAUCCAUUCGAAGAACUUUCUCCUGGACAACAGUUGUGUAAGGAGUGCAGAGGAGCUUUUCCAGUAGUUAAGUGCACGUACUGUCGAUCGGAAUUUCAACAGACAAGUAAAGCUAACACGAGCACAAUAUGUAAAAAAUGUGAAACGAAUGUCAAGCAAUUUGGAAAACCCACAGCUUGCGAAUAUUGUAAUAUCAUAGCAGCUUUUAUAGGAAAUAAAUGUCAGAGGUGUACAAAUUGUGAGAAAAAAUAUGGACCUCCUGUUACCUGUGAACAAUGCAAACAAAAAUGUGCAUUCGAUAGGCAUGACGAUGAUAAAAAGGUUGAUGGAAAAUUACUAUGUUGGUUAUGCACUUUGUCUUAUAAGAGAGCUUUAGCUAAAACGAAACAAAGCGAUGCUGAAAGGAGAGCUCAUUUAAAAAGAGUAGCAUCUAGAUCAAAAAAAGAUUCUAAACUAAGAUCUCACAAUAAAAGAUUAGAAAGAGUUGACGUGACAAAACUACCGCCGCAAUCAGAAAAAGAUGAUCCUUUGCCGACGAAAAUCCCACGUGUCGAUUUAGUGGAUCCGAAUUCGUCUGAUCACGUGGUUGCGACGACACAGUUAAAAGAAAAAAUUGCUUCUUUACAAAAGCAACUAUCAGCUAAGGAUGCACAAUUAUUAGCCAAGGAUAGACAAAUAACCGAAUUAAAAGCCAAAAAUUUCACGUCGGAAACGGAAAUGCGUAACAAAAUGAAAAAUAUGGAAAAAGAAGCAGCCGAUAAAAUUGAACUCCUCACGUCAAAAGUGAAAUCUCUACAAAAAGAACUCGCAACACUUUCUAAGUCAACGAAUAAAAAACUUAUGAACGUAACGAGAGAAAAAUCGGAUUUAAAUAGCGGAAGUGGUACCGACAGUCCAUCGAUAGGUUGA